AUGGUCUCCUUCACUUCGUUCUCUUGUCUAGGUACUGUCCUCAUGGACCUGAGGCUGUCUUCCCUCGUGCCGGAUGUAGAGCUGCCCUCCCCGCAAUUCAGCUCUUUAUCAGAAUCAGAUUUAUCCAUUCCGAGAGCAGGUUCAAAGGUCUCUUUUCUCGAAACCACUGUCGGCCAAGCUGCACUCAUCCUUGCAAACUGGAUCCGUGACUAUGUCGAGGAUCCCAUCAAGCCCGCCGAGAAAGAGCUCCUUGAUGACUGCGUCCGCAUCAUCGUCAGUGCUAUACAGGCUGCGCUCAGCGAGCCGCGCGACGACGGCGGGUCCGAGGUGCUCUACGGGCGUGCCGGCCUGCUGUACGCCCUUCUGUGGCUCCGAUCGGAGCUCUCCUUUCCUGCGCCGCUCGGAGACCUUGAGGACACAAAUGACCCGCUCUUGUGGGGCGUCUCGCAGCUCUACUCCGACGAGAAUCUCCAGGCGCUCGUGGGCGAUAUCGUGAGGCGCGGGUGGCUCGGCGCAAGCAUCUACGCAGAGGAGCUCGAUGCCGAAACCCAGCAGAGGGCGCCCCGGCUGAUGUGGAGCUGGCAUGGCAAGAGGUAUCUCGGUGCUGCUCAUGGCGUGUUGAUAUGUGCGCCGGCGCACAUCAUCGCCCCGUAUUGGUCCGACAUCACGGGCACCGUCGAGUGGCUGCUCGCGAUACAGGAGCCGUUGGGAAACUGGCCAACCAAGGCGAGCCGCCACAUGCACUACGCAGCAGGCGGCGCGGCGACCAGCAGGACGGCCAAACGCGUGAGCGUGGAGGACGGAGACGCGCUCGUACAAUGGUGUCACGGCGCCCCCGGAGUGCUCAUACUCCUGUCAACGCUGCUCACACGCGCUUCCACGUCUUCCAAGCUGGCUGUCUCGUCGACUACGACAGACAGCAUCGUCGCUGCGCUUCAGCGCGGCGGCGAGCUUGUCUACACGCGCGGCCUGCUCCGGAAGGGCGUGGGGCUCUGCCACGGCGUGGCAGGCAGCGUCUACGCGCUGCUUGCCGUCGUCGACAGCGUCCAGGAGCCCGCCGGGUACUGGCUCGCACGCGCGGCGCACCUCGCGCUGCUUGCCACGGGCUACCGGGCGCGCGAGAAGAAGGGCGACAUGCGUGUCCCCGAGAAGCCAUACAGCCUGUACGAAGGCGUGGGCGGAGGUUCUGGCCAGGAUCGCGGCUGCGAGCGGGAGCGGGAGGGAACAGGAUGGUGGGCGUCGCCGGUGGGGCAUGCCUGGGUGGUCCGCGCACUGGGAUGCGAUGGAUCAGCAGCAAGCAAAACAUUUCCCUUCUGGCUUGGCUGCGAGAUUGUUUUUGCUAGAUGGAUCGACUCGGACGCCACAGUAACAAAAUUCAAUGAUGGCAACUAG